ACACACACACACACACACAAGACAUGUUUUCUCAACUACAACAAAAAAUGAUAUUGAUUAGGAUGUCAAGGUUAGGUUAGACUUUAGUAUACCAGAUUAGAUUAGAUUAGACUACAACAUACUGGAUUAUAUUACAGAAAGUCUAAUGGAUUAGAUUCAUCUAGAUUAGACAGGCAGUAUGGUGUGGGUCAGAUUCAAGUAGACUUCAUAGACACAUAUCAUGUAUUAAAUUCAAUAGAUUGGAUUGAGUUAGUUGAGAUUAGAUUAGAUUAAGGCAGUGAUGGACCUGUUGCUGCUGUUGUCUGUGGACCUCGUGAGCUUCCUUCUCUCUUUGCAGAGCAGCAGCAGCUUUAGACAACUCUGACUUCUCUCUGGGGAAAAAAGGUAAGUAGAAAGAAUAUUCACAGAGUUGAUCAGUGAAUCAGUCCCAGGAUGAUCUUCUUCCUGCAUGCGUUAACUUGCGGUCGGAAAUACAGAUGUGAAAACCAACGUGUACCGAUCCAGUUUGUGGAACUCCUGGUCCAGCAGAGCGAACGCUGCCUGGAUCCUCUUCAUGGCCUCAUCUCGGACUGCACCGAAGUCUCUGUGGACAAACACCUGCAGGAGGAAUCAGACUCACAUCACCUGGUGUUUCAUCAGAGUGAACAGAGAACAACUGGACUACGACUCCACACUGCUACUGUUGACAGUACUACUGCUCCUACUACUACUGCUACUACUACUACUACAACUACUGCUCCUACUACUACUGCUGCAAUAGCUACUGCUACUAAUUCUACUAUGACCACUGCUACUGUAGGUACUUCUACUGCGACUGCUACUCCUACAACUACCCUCCUGCAAAUACAUGCUGCUCCCUCCUGCUACUACUGCUGAUACUGCUGCAACAGUUCCUGCUUCUACUUUUACUGUCACUACUGCUACUGGAACAACUGCGGCUGCCUACUGCCUCUACCAAUACUUCUACUACUGCAACGACCAGGGUACCUACUACCACCACUGUUACUGCAACUACUUCCACUGCAGCUGCUACUACUGCUAGAACUACUACUACCAAUAAUGGAACUCUCAUAAGUACACCUCCCUACUACUGAUACUGCUGCACCGACUAGGCCUCCUGCUGCUUCUUCUACCUCUGCAACUGCCGAUGCUCCGAGAGCGUCUACGACAUGAAUCACCAGCGUAUGUUUGUGAGGACAUAUAGUUGCCCACGGCCUCUUUUGCCUCGUGUCUGUGUGCAAGUGUGACUGUGUGAUCGCUGUUACUGUUGCUGUAAUUUGUCAUCACCUGAGCGUCAGCCGCGGUGUUCCCGCUCCGGCCGCGCGGAGCCGAGGCCGCCUCGCUCAGCUCGUAGCGGACGUUGGGAACCUUUGUGGGGGCGAAGCUGCUUCAACAGUCACAACCCAGAACGAAACCACGAGUUUGUGAAACUGAGACGUGAGACUGGAACAGACGGAAACUGAAAACAUCCGACACACGAGAUGGACACGCAGGUGUGAGCAGCAGCUGCUGACCUGUGGCUGACUCCCUGCAGACCAAACUCUGACAGGAUCUCCUUCAUCACUGGGGGUUCCCAACAACCGCUACUGUCACUGUUUCUGAAGUUAAAUCCUCCACAGUAUUUUAGAAUAACACAAAUGUGAAUACUGCACCUGGUUGUCUCUCGGAGGGGUUGAUGAGCUUCAUCACCUUCAGGUCAUUAAACUCCUGCUCCUCAUUCUUCCCUCCGAACACAUACAGCUGCCAACCCAACAAUCACACACAUUUCGUAUUAACACGGUCAACAUAGCGACGCGAAUGAGACGUUCGACUACGGACGACUGACGUGACUGUGGAGGAUGAAGGCCGUGUGUCCGUGUCGACGAGCCGGAGGAAGCCCGACGUACAGCGGAACCUUCCACUUCAUCUUGGCUGGAGAGACACGAGGGGGGAAAUGUUUGACAAACCAUAACCCGAAAACUUUCUUCUUGCUUUGGUUUCAGUCGCUCACCAAUACUGAGUUUGUGGAUUUCAUUGGAUGACGUCUCUGUGCCGUCCUCGUCUCUGCCUCUGCCGCCAAACAAGUAGACGUCCUCGACGGGGAAACGAGGAACAUUCAGUGUGAUCACACCACAACAACAACAACAACAGGAUGGGCUGUGUCAGUCAAACCAGGAUAUUAAAGGGGCAGUAAGAGAUUUUGGAGCAAGCUGUUUGUACCUUAUCAUGGUGUGCGCUCAGCGUCUGUCCGCUACAGGCCGCGGGCGAUUCUCCCUUCACCUCCCACUUCUGCCACAGCAGGUUCCCUAGAAAAUCAGGACGGACACAAAGGUCAGAGAUCACAGGCCGAACGAUCUGUGGGUGUUCACGGUUCGUUUGACCUCCGGUGUCACAUUGGAUGCUGGUUUCCUACGAGCAGAUGUAAACAGUUAUCUGAUUUAAGAAAAUCAGCUGUUUUAUAAGGUAGGAAAUAGAUUUAACACGAUUGUCAGAGGUGUGUUUCAUAAGCACCUCGAAUAACUUUUAUUUUGUUUUUGCAAAAAAACUCAAAAGGGCAUUUAUCAACUUUCAAAAGCGACAGUUGUGGGAGUCUGGGGGUGACUGUCUUAUAUGGAAUGAUUCCAUAAAACGUUACAUUACGUGUUUCUAGAGGUUGUUGACAUUUUAAAAUUUCAAAUGGUUCUUCUAUCGAUAGAAUGAGUGACUGUAGCUGUGUUGUUGCAGGUUAUUGCGCGACAGGACUGAGGUGAAACAUUUCACACCCGAGGUCACGUGACUCGGCGUCUGACCUGUGUUGAGGACGUGAAGAUCUUUACAGAAGUGUCCGUCUGCUCCCUGACCUCCGAACAUGAACGCCUGCUCGCCGACCAGAGCGAAACUCUGACCACACCUACGCACACGCACACACGCACACACAGUCACAAAUACUACAAAAUCCUUUUACCUGCACAUAUAAAUAUACAUUUUAAUAUUUCUCUAAUAAGUCCUUUGUGGAUCUUAUGUCAUAUUCAGUGUCUCACAGGGCCGGAGGCAGCGAUCCACUGGUUUUAACCGGCGUCCAGGAGAGAGACACUGAAACAAGUGGAACAAUAACACGCAUGAAGUAAAAUAAGAAGAGACGUUAAUCAAGAUCAUAACGCGGUUGGUGUGUGUUUUUGUUGUUUUAUUCUCUGGACCCGUGCUGAAGACCAGGAGGUCGUCGGUCGGACUUCCUCCCAGGUUCCCUCCGUACACGUAGAUGUUGUCUCCCACGGCGACAGAGCUGUGUCCGAGCGUUCUGGGGGCCACGCCCCCGGUUGCUAGGCGAUCCCAGGUGAGGGACACUGGGAGGAGAAAGGGAAACAUCAUCAUCACGGCCAUGUUUAAGCAGAAUGAGGAGCUCUCCUCUUCCUCCUCGUCCUCGUCCUCACCGAUGUCGAAGCUGUAGACUCCUGGGAGACACUCGGUGGCGUCGGGGCGGCACACGCCACCAAACAGCGCUGCAGGUUACCAGAGGGCGUGUCCUUCUCUGGCCGCGGGGACGUCUCCGCUCUGAGGAAUCUCCUCCCACGUCACGUCGUCCGGAGACACUGCGAUCAGAGGUACAAGUCUAUUCAAUCAUGUAUUACUUUUAUUUACUAUGCAGAAGAAGUAGAAUACCAUUCAUUUCAUGGCACAGUUAUGGAAUAUGUUUAAUUUUUUUGACCUGUCAACAUGUAGAAGUCGUUGAAGUAAACAGGUUCGAUCUCCUGAAGAAAAGAGAAGAGUUCAGAUUAUAUAUGUUUUACUGUGCGGCUCCACAUAUUCAGGCAGAGGAGGAAAGAAGUGCUCAGAUCCCAAAAGUACAUUAGUAUACUAUAUCAUUUAUUAAUGUAUGUAUAUAUUUGUGCGUAUUAUCUCGUUAUCAUUUUGAAAGUCAAAAUUAAUGUAGUGGAGUAGAAAUACGACAUUUACCUCUGAAAUGUAGAGAAGUGGAAGUAUAAAUAGAUGGAAAUACUCUUGUAAAGUACAAUUACCUCAAGGUUGUACUUGGGUAAAUGUACCUUCUUACUGUUCACCACUGUGUUCAGGUGUUUAUGAGUCUAACUGUCUUUUUAAAAAAGGGGGUUGGGGGUCAAAUGACCUCGUGGUUGAGGUCGGAGGCUCCUCCGAACAGAAAGGCGACGCUUCCCGCCACAGACACAGCGUGUCCAUACCUGCCAAACAACCAGAAGACUAAAUCUUUUAUAGUUUCAUCUGCACAGUUACUCUGUGUUAAGUUAUUAAUAUAUACAUUAGCCCGUGCUGUAGUAUAGUGUGUGUUUUACUGCUGAGCUUUUAAUUUGAAGGAGGAAGAAGAAGAACGACGUGACCCACCUGGGACCUGGAGCUUCUCCCCUCGUCUCUCUCUCCAGCCAGUGACCGCUGGCUAACGCCAUCCUCACGUCUGCCGUCACACACACACACACACACACACACACACACACACAUAUACACCCCGUUGCUUAAACUGAAUUAUGUCGUCACUCCAUCUUUUUUUGGGGGCUCAUGUUCCCUGAACUGGCGACGUGACGACAGACGUCAACCUGCCCUUUCACCUCUAGGUGGUGCUACAGCCACACGAUGACCUUUAAAUUGAUAUAUCUUCAUGCAAACUAUUACAUUUUUCUGUCAUAAUCCCACGUCUAUAUCUAGAGGAUCGCGUGGCCUUGAUGGAUGUUUUAAUUCUGAAUGUUUUCUAUUAAAAAAGCAACGUCAUCUGAAUCAAAACCUACUUGUUGGGAUUUGCAGGAUGGUGACUUCCUUCCUGUCGUCGUUCUGCUGAAGCCGCUCUGAGUCGCCUCAGCUCUGAGUCCAGCGUCCGUCCUCCUCAUCCGUCCUCCUCGUCUCCGUUUACAGCUGGACGCCAACCGGAAGUGGUCGUGAGCGGUGUGACUUGACGGGAGGAUCGGCGGACCGGACAGAGACUGUGACCGGGACAAGUUGUGGAUUAUUCUCUGUCACGUUUCUCGCUCCGAACCUUCUCUCUCGGGUUUUAGCCUCUUCGGGGCUAAAAGCAGAUCAAGGAGUUCAUCCUGGAAGUACCCGGGGAACCGCGCAUCUCUACGCGGCAUGGAGGGUGCUUCGUGCCCGGCCGGUGCGACGAGAUGAUGGCGGCGGCGGCGGAGCCACCGGCGGCGGCGGCGGCGGCCACCGGCCCCGGUCGGGUGGUGCUGGUCAAGAAGAUCCUCAUGAAGGACGGAGCCGCGGUGCGUGAAACGAGCCAACCCGCCAUUUUACUGUCCGCCAACCUGCCGCGGUUAUUAUUGAAUAUCCUGGAGGGUUCAUAUUUAAUUAUUGAAUGUACUGGAGGGUUCAUAUUUAAUUAUUGAAUGUACUGGAGGGUUCUUAUUUAAUUAUUUUAUCAGAUUCAGUAUUUAGUUGAUGCGAUGUUUGAUUUUAAUCUGUGUGUGUGUGUGUGUGUGUGUGUGUGUGUGACAUAACAGGGUGUGAGAAGUCUCAUUUAUACAUUUAUCUAAAGAAAAAGAAGAAAUAAAGCAGAUCAUAUUUUCUUACUGUAAUCUGGUUUAUUGAUUUUUUUCCGUGCGUAAUAAUUAUAAAAAUAUAUAAUUGAUGUCCCAGUUGUUGUAAUGAGUGAGUGUGUUUUCAUAUAUGCGGCGGAGGGAUGGUGUGGAUGAGGCCGUGAUGGAGGCCCUGUGGCCCCGCGCUGUGGUGCUGAUGCUGAUGAUGAUGGAUCCGUCGUCUGUUAUGUAACCGCGGCCGGGCGGAGACUAAAGACCCGGGCCCCGCACGGCGUCCAUUUUAUCAUCCCUGCCUCCUCCACCGUCACCUCACAGUGUCUCACCAUCACCAUCAUCACCAUCAUCAUCAUCAUCAUCAUCAUCACCAUCAUCACCAUCUUCAUCAUCACCAUCAUCAUCAUCAUCACCAUCAUCAUCAUCACCAUCAUCAUCAUCACCAUCAUCAUCACCAUCAUCAUCAUCAUCACCAUCAUCAUCACCAUCACACACGACGACGACAACAAUUGCGUCGUUUGUCACCGAGGCGCUGACGCAAAUCAAACCUGCAGCAGGGUAUCGGCAGGCCCAGUGUGUAUCACGCCGUGGUGGUGAUCUUCCUGGAGUUCUUCGCCUGGGGUCUGCUCACCACGCCCAUGCUCACCGUUCUACAUGAAACGUUUCCGCAGCACACGUUCCUGAUGAACGGACUCAUUCAGGGCGUGAAGGGUCUGCUGUCGUUCAUGUCCGCUCCUCUGAUUGGUGCGCUGUCGGACGUGUGGGGCCGGCGCUCCUUCCUGUUGGUCACCGUCUUCUUCACCUGCGCCCCGAUCCCCCUGAUGAGGCUCAGCCCCUGGUGGUACUUCGCCAUGAUCUCCAUGUCCGGAGCCUUCUCCGUCACCUUCUCCGUCAUCUUCGCCUACGUCGCCGACGUGACCUCAGAGAGGGAGCGGAGCACGGCCUACGGUCUGGUGUCGGCGACCUUCGCGGCGAGCCUGGUGACGAGUCCGGCCAUCGGCGCGUACCUGUCGGCCUGGUACGGCGACAACCUGGUGGUGCUGCUGGCCACGCUGAUCUCGCUGGCCGACAUCUGCUUCAUCCUGCUGGCCAUGCCCGAGUCGCUGCCCGACAAGAUGAGGCUCAACACCUGGGGGGCGCCCAUAUCCUGGGAGCAGGCCGACCCCUUCGCCUCUCUGAGGAAGGUGGGUCAGGACUCGACCGUCCUGCUCAUCUGCAUCACCGUGUUCCUGUCGUACCUGCCGGAGGCCGGACAGUACUCCAGCUUCUUCCUCUACCUCAGACAGGUGGUAAAUUUCUCCUCCACAACCAUCGCGGUUUUUAUCGGAGUGGUGGGAAUUAUGUCCAUCGUAGCUCAGACUCUGUUCCUCACCCUCCUGAUGAGAACUCUGGGUAACAAGAACACGGUUCUGUUGGGUCUGGGUUUCCAGAUCCUCCAGCUCGCCUGGUACGGCUUCGGAUCCGAGCCAUGGAUGAUGUGGGCGGCCGGUGCUGUAGCAGCGAUGUCCUCCAUCACCUUCCCAGCUGUUUCUGCUCUGGUGUCACAAUCUGCUGAUCCUGAUAAACAAGGCGUGGCUCAGGGGAUGAUCACAGGGAUCCGAGGUCUGUGUAACGGUCUCGGUCCAGCUCUGUACGGAUUCAUCUUCUUCCUCUUCAACGUGGAGCUCAACACCUUGGACCCGAUCCCGGGCGACUACAACAUCGACCCGCUGCCGGCGCAUGGUCCCACGGAGCGAGGGCUCAUCCCCGGCCCGCCCUUCCUGUUGGGGGCGUGCUCCGUGGUGGUCGCCUUCAUCGUGGCGCUCUUCAUCCCCGAGAAGCCCACCUGCGCCUCCUCCUCCUCGGAGCUGUCCCUCGGCGACAAGCCCCACCCGGACAGCAAGGAGUCCAUGUCCUCGCUGGCCGGCGUCCACAUCAACACGCCGCUCCCGGGCAGCGACGAGGAGGCUCCUCCCAGCGCCAGCGACGAGGACUUUGAGCCGCUGCUGCAGGACAGCAUCGUUUGACGGGCGGGGCGGAAAGAGCCGAUUGACAUUUUUUUUGCAAAAGCAGUCCCACGUUUUUCUUUGCACUAGGAAACCGUGAGUGACGGCGAGGAGUUCCUCUGCCCUCAGAGACAGGCAACAUCUUGUGAAGCGACCAAUGAGGACGGUUCUGUCAGAGGAGGGGGGCGGGAGCAACGAGCUGAAAAAUAAGAUGUCAUCAUUGAACUGGACAGAAGAGACGACGGCGGGACGGUUGGCGGUCGUCGGCCGAUCGCGUGACGAGUGUUCGGAGGAUUCACGUUCAUCUCAAAGCUUGAAGUCGUUGAUUGUUUUUUUUGUGAUAAACAAGCGAAGGUGUUUUUUAAUCCUUCAACUUUAUGGAUCUAAAGCUGUUUAUUAACGUUGUGUUUUAUUUUUUUAUUGGUUUAUUGUAUAAAGGAAACAAGUCUGCUACAUAUUAUUCACAGCAGCAGAAACAUCAGUAUUGAUUUAUACUUUUUCAUUUGCUGAAUAACUUUUCCUUUUCUUACACUUUUUCCUCUUUGCCAGAGCUUUUUUUUUAUUAUUAUUCGUUUUUUAAUGUUCAGCAUCUUACAAGCUAAUGAUGCCGAGGUAUGAAUGUGACAAACAUGAUCCAACAAAAUAUCAUUUUUAUUUUCAUCCAACUCAGAUUUUUUCCCCCUAAGAAGUCGCAAAAAUGUAUUUUUUGUAGAUAUUAUAGAAAAAUACGAAACACAGAAUACUUACAAAUAUAAAUUACCUCACUGGAUAGCUGUCACUCACUUGUCGUCCCCGUGUGUCACACUACCUCAGAUCACUUUUUUUUAUUAUUCUUUAUUAUUUUUUUUCUAUCAUAGUCACUUUAUGGAAGUGCCGCUGCUGGCUGCUGGCAGUGGGAGAAAAAAAACUCAGAGCUGCAACCCUGAUGUUUUUAUUUUAGAAUUGUUUUAAUUUCAUGUGAUUCUGCAACAGAGACGAUUGAAAAGUGUGAAUUUUACUUUUGUUAAACUUUUGUUUUUUACUUUUAAUUUUGUCAUUUUGGUGAAGGUCCAACACCAAAAGCUAAACACUAAAAUCUCACCAAUUGUGGCGUGUAGAUAUUAAUAUAUAUUUAAUUUAAUAUAUUUAAUAUAUAAUAUUUUAUAUAUAUAUAUAUAUAUAUAUAUAUAUAUAUAUAUAUAUAUAUAUAUAUAUAUAUAUAUAUAUAAAAUAUAAUAUGUAUUUAAUGGAUAUAUUUAGCCAGAUUUGUCUACGACUAACUACAACACCACGUUGCUCUCAGCUCUUGUCUCAUAUUCCGAUUGUCCUCUGGUGUUGUAAUACCAAACUUUUUCUUGUUAUAUAAAAUUGAUUUAUGACACGACUUUGCUUCCGCGGUGUCACGAUGUCAUGUAACGCCCCUCGCUGCCAUCGUGACACCUCAAAGUUCCUCAGGGUCGGUGGUACCUUCGAUUAGAACCUCCACCGGAUGCUCGGACCCAAAAUAAUCUUGUCUAUUCUUUAUUUUUUUUUGCGUGUUGCAGGUUUGAGGGUUUUUUUCUUUCCCGUCAGCAGUAAAAACAAAAAACCCUGUGAAUGAAUUUAUACUUGAAUCAUCAGACAGAGAUUUUAUGAGAGAUUUAUUAAAGGAACAAAUCUUGAAGAGUUAUAUAAAACUGGCACAGAGUUGUACAUAACCUGUUUGAUUUAUGACCUUAACGUGUAAAUGAAAAUGUGAAUACUAUGGUUUUUGUAUAUCAUGUAUAAGUAAGUGAAGUAGUAUUUUUUUUUAGUCCUGUGACGCUCAGUGGCACUAAAGCAGUGGAUUAAUCAUUCUUCUUUAGUUCAUCAAAUUGUAAUAAUUCCCGCUUUUAUUGAGCCCUGAGUCUGUUUACAUGCGCACUAGUAUCUUAUUCUGUCUUUAGUCACAUUAUGUGUAAAAAAAAAGCUCAUUUAUAUCCCUACAACUCAUAUACAGUUUUUAAAUUACCUUUUUUAAGAUAAAAACUUGAAGAUAUAUGCAUUUUAAUGAGUUCUACCAUAUUAUCCCAUUUAUUGAUUUUGCUCGUCCAUUUUUGUUUUUACAAAUUCCAUAAUGCAGGUUUCUAUGUUUAUAUGUGUACAAAUACUGACAAAUUAUAAUUUAGGAUAUUUUAGUGUGCAUUUAAAUACUCAGAGGUUAUUUACUCGACCACUGCGGCCGCUCGGUGACCCGACAGUGUAAAUAUUGUACGAGGACUGGAUGUCUGUACUGUACUGUACAUGUGACAGAAACCAAAUGUACAACUGUAAAUACACUUUGUCCAGUGUCUCGUCUGAAAGUGCACCAGCCCCUUGUUGGAAAAUUAAAAUGGAACAACACAUGA